AUGGACGGAACAUUGAUUAACGGUUUGUCGGCCUUUAUAAAUUCAAUACCCGAAAAUAAUUCAGUAAAAGAAAAUACAAUCAAUAUUCCAAUUGAGGGCCGAAAUAAUUUACCGGAUGAAAAUAAUAUAGAGGAAAAUUCAAUCAAUAUUCCAAAUGAAGAAAGCACUAACUCAACACAAGACAGCAAUAUUUGUGAGCAACAUAUUAGAACAUCCAAAAGAUGCAACAAAGGUUCUGCACCGAAAAGACUAAUUGAAGAAAUAUGGUCAGCGAAUGAAAUUAGAGAACCGAAAUCAUACCAAGAUGCAAUUAACAGUACCGAGCGUGUGCAGUGGUUGGAAGCUAUGCAAGAUGAACUAGAAUCUCUACAGGCAAAUCAAACAUGGGAACUUGUCAGUUUACCCGAAGGUAGAACAGCAAUCGGAAGUAAAUGGGUAUAUAAAGUGAAACGUGAUGUUGAUGGACAAGUUUUCGUUUGUCUUAUGGCCAUUUGUGCCGUCGCUAAUGCCGGCUUCCUGUUCGGAGGCGGUGCUGGAGGAGUUGGAGGCGGCUAUGGUGGUGGCGUUGGAGGCGGCUAUGGUGGUGGCUAUGGCGGUGGUUAUGCCAGCGGCCACGGUUAUGGCGGUGGCCAUGGAGGCGGUCAUGCCGGAGGUGUCUCUGUCAUCAAAGUAAUUUCUGAAGGUGGUGUUGGCGGUGGUUAUGGCGGUGGU